AUGCAUCAAAGACUUCGAGUUGACUAUGGCUUGGUGAUUAGCAGAGAGACAUAUAAUAGUGUAUUUUGAUCGUCCGGGUGAGUGUAGUCCUGAGAAGGACUGUUGUCGGUACUGGUGAUUGACGUUUCGACAACCUGAGCGGAAAUCAUUAUUAGAGUCAAGUGGCAGUUCGACAUUUGAGAGGCGAUCACGGCACCGGUUAAAAAGAAGGCCAUACUUUGACAAAGGGCCUAACUUUGUUUGGCAUUUAGACGGCUAUGAAAACUUAAGUCUUUCUGUUUCAGUAUUCAUGGAGCUAUAGAUGGCUACAGCUAACGUAUACUAUGGCUCGAGGACGGGUCAUCAAAUAAUAAUCCUCGAAUCGUGGCACGUUACUACCUAGACUGUCUUACGGAAGUCGGUGGCGUUCGAUGA